CGUGAGAGUGAGCACGCGUCACCCGUUGCGGAUUGUUGACAAACUUGUGAACUUGUGCGGAUAUUUACAGUGGCAGUGACAUAAGUGUGUGUGUGUACCAACAAGCCGAUGGUCCUUUUGAAUAGUAACAUGAAAAUUAACGGUUGCUGACUAAAAUGACUAUAGACAGAGCAGGCAGACCGCCGGCCCCAAGGCGGUCCACUUACAGAAGCUACGACGAGCUGGGCGUGACAGAAAGAGACAGAGGAAGACCGCUCAGAUGCCGCCACGGUGGCGUUGAGGACCUAUCAGAACUAGACCACAGACCGUACAGAAGCUACGAGAACCCUGACCUAGACGACAUAACGGUUAUCAGCUCGGAAGAGAUUGCCAGACCAAAAAGAAUGACGAUGGAGGGUCUAGCCAACGGAUUUAGAAGAACCUUUUCCGUGCGCAAUCGUAAGGAGCCAGAGAAUAUCCAGAUGGAGUCCUUGAAUCCUGGGGAGACGUUUGCAACGGUUCGCACUGCGCCGUUCCGCCGUAGAUCGCUUUCGAGAGACCGAGGAUCUUCGUUGUUGGGUCGCAGCUCAUCGGAGGGAGAUGUGAGGAUGGCUCUGCCUCGACCACCGACGAAUCCCACUCCACGGUUCAGCCGCUGUCUUCGCGCGUUGGGAGGUAGCUGGAAAAAUCUUCUAUUAUUGGGCGGCAUGUCACGCGGCGGCGCGGCCGGCAAGACGACGGCGAAGCGCGUGCCGCCGCCCGCGGUGCCCGGCGACGCGUUCGCCUCGCAACACCGCCACUCCGGCUCCAGCUUCGGCAGCCAGGGGUACGCCAGCUGCGAGGAGCAGCAGUACCCGCAGCCGCCGGACACGCCCUCGCAUACUAGAGAUGACCACUCCGAUUACGGCAGCACCGUCUCGGGCGUGUCUGGUGCAAGCGGCAGCAUGGGCAAGAGUCCAGCUGGUGGGGGCACCUUCACCUUCCCCCCGCCGUCGCAGCCGCUCACACACAAGGCGGCGGUGUACUACCACCACCAGCUAGCGCUCAGCGAUGACCAGGGGAUUGAUAUGACACAGAGCCCCGGGCGCGACAGUCCCGGUUCAUCCUCCGGAUCAGCCGGCUCCGGGUCGAGGCACUCGUCAGCGUCGUUGGACAGCGGGCGGGCGUCGGGCCGCCUGCCGCACCACCACCACGCCGCCUGCCACUGCGGGGACACGGUGGAUCGGGUGCGAGCUAUGAUAGCUCAGGGGCUGCCGGACCCAGAAAUCAUCCACGCGUGGUUAGCCGAUCUUCAAAUGGAGGAGUACGCCAGGCUCUUCAUUGAGGCGGGCUACGAUCUGCCGACUGUCACCAGGAUGACACCUGAAGAUCUCACAGCGGUCGGCAUCAAGAAACCCAACCAUCGGAAGCGGUUAAAGGCUGAACUGGCUAACCUGAACGUGCCGGAUAAUCUGCCGGAUUAUAUACCGGGUUCCAUGGAGGAGUGGCUGCGCCUGCUGCGGCUGGAGGAGUACGGGCCGGCGCUGGUCGCUCAGGGCUACAGAACCGUGCAUGACGUCACACAGUUGGCUUGGGAGGACCUAGAGGACAUGGGUAUUGUACGUCUUGGCCACCAGAAAAAGAUACUCCUAGCUAUCAAAAGAGUCAAGGACAUUAGAGCUGGCAAGCGAAGUAUCAGCAGCCAAGGAUCGCUUGACUUCACAAGGUUACAGCCCGGACAGAUGGAUAUAUAUCCGAGGGAAUGCCAGCAGUGGGAGAGAAACGCGAGGAGUUACCAUAAACUCCCCGAUCUAAAGUUCGAUGCCAUACCGGCGCCACUCUGUGGCACAGAUUUGGUCCCUAUUCAGAUACGCCACCCACGAGGUAAAUCCCUCGAGAGUCUAGAAGAUCCGUCAGAGAGAUCGUCGCACACGACAUUCUCGCCCGAGGCCGGGUUCUACUACGGCGGGCAGUGGAGGCGCUCGUACGACGAUGGGGACAUCACUCCGACGAACGAUAGCUCGUACGAGGGUGGCGGCACCCUGCCUCGCCCCAGGGGCCUGGUGCGGCCGCGACCAGUCGCGAAAAUCCAGGCGACGCCCGCGUACAGGGACAAGUCGCCCGACUACACGUACGAUGAAAUCGCGUACUCCGCCCGACUGCAGCGCGUCGCGUACGGGGCGAGUCCCCACGUGGCCAGAAAACCACCACCCGAGCCGCCAAAGCGCCAGAGCUCGCAGUACGCGCCGUUCACGAGGUUCGGACAGACCACAGUGGAGAUACAUCCCGAGAAGAGUCUGCCGCUGAGUCUGCCGGCGUACCCCAGCUCGGACUCGCUGAGCGUGUCGCUGGACAGCACGGGGCUGCUGCCGCCGCCGCCCGCGCCGCCCUCCCCGCCACGAAGAUACGACGACGACAAGCUAAGAACGGGUUCCGAUUCUAGUUUUAAGUCAAGUUCGAGUACAGAAUCAGACAGCAUUCCGUUCGCAAACGAGAACGCCGGCACCAUCAAACAGAACCGAGGGCAGAUCGCCGGCCGACCCCACACGGUCGACUAUGGCCGCUCCGGCAUAAACUUGUCCAGUCUGCCUCCUCGAGGCGAUUUGAAGCAGCAGCACUCGCUUCCAGAACACAAAGACGAGACGAAAAGUUCUGAGCCCGUCGAUGUCCUGAACGACAUAGGGAAUAUGCUCGCGAAUCUGACAGAUGAAUUAGACGCCAUGCUAGAAGAAGAGAAACGCCAGGGUCUAAGCACUUCCUAAAAUGACGCUAAAGUCGAAUGGGUAGUCGACAAUUUUCAUCAUAGACGUUGCGUCUUUUGGUGCGUAAGUGUGAAAUGGUAGCUAGCACCAACCAUCUGGUACUAGUUGGUUAUUUGUAAAUGUUCAACUUCUCGAAUAAAUUCGACACUGUUUAGAACGAUAUUUCAAAUUCCAAAGAUACUUAAUAACAUUUUAUUAGUUUCGUUUCCGAUAUUAUAUAAAUGAAUCCACGUCCAAUAGCCUAUUGAAAAUAUAGCUAUCCCGUUACUCAAGCCUCAAGAGCAAUUAUUUUUGCUAGGUAUACCACAAAUAAGUCUUAAUAUGUCGCCUGAAAUAAGCAAUAGGUAUGAAAGUCGAGUUGGUGACUAUAAGAAGUAAAAACUCUUUUACAAAAUGACCAUGUAACGUUUCAAUUAUAUAUUUUAGUGUGGGUUGUACUAUUAGGUACAUAAUAUUUUAUUUUGUUGAUCUUAUAUUUAUUAGUUCCUUAUUUAAUUUUAAAUUUACUUUUUGGGUAGUGUAAAAUAAAAUGUAGUCUGAUCCAAAAACAGAAAAAGAAUGGCUAUUUUUGUAAAUAAAGUUUACUUAAAUUAUGUCAUAGAUAAAAUAUAUCCAGUAGCUAGAUUUCCAUGUACAAUAAAAUUGUAGAUCGACUUUAGAUGAGCUAGUUAGAAUUUAUACAGAACUUUAGCUCUAGAUUACAUAAGUUAGAGAUAACAUGUAUGAUAGCCCUCACAUAAAGUAGUUAUAGAACUUAUAGACUUUGUAUGUUAAACCUAUAACAUUACGUUAUUAAUAUUAUAUUAUGCGCAUUAUCCAUUAUUCUGUGUUUUCACAGAACGUACAAAGGGUUUCUUAUUAGCUUUUCGCGUUGCGCAAUACACAUAGUCAAUAACAAUUAUUGUAAUAACACAGACUCCUCUUCAGUAAACGUGCUUUGUAACAUUUAAAUAUUACAAACUGUUAGAUAAUUAAUUUAAAAAUAGUCCACAAAAUGUGAUAUACAGUGGCCAUUUAAUAUAACUUUUAAUACAUUUUGUAUGCUCGAGACAUCCGUAUAAUUAUUAUUUAAUUUUGAAUGACGAAUCCAGGUUUUACGUGUCCAUGAUAUACACGAGUUUAACAAAUAAACUGCCUCUUGAUAGACCUCAGUGGCAAAAGUUAAUGGACAUACAUUUUUAAUUUUAUUGAUGAUAUCGAGGAUAUAUUAUUAUUUAUUAGAUGUCAAAGACUAAUUUGAUACCUACAAUUACUAUAGUGAUUAAUGUAGCGCACUAUUAAAUAUUUUUAGCUUUGUACUGUACAUAGAGAUCAGUGUUUCUAUACAACUUCCUUUGAUACCUAACAAUUUGUAUUUAGAACUUUUCUAAUUAUUAUGUUAUUUGUUAUCAAAUAAUUUAUAUUUCAUUGAAAGGUUUCAUAACAUUAUGGGAUAUACGCCACACGGUACCAAGUUUUACCUUACGACAAACUGAUUACAUUGCUUGGCGUGAUUUGUGUCUGUUGGCUCCUUAGUGAAGUGUGAGAAGGCAACUACAACAAAUUGUCAUUUGACUUGUUUUUUUUUUUUUGUAUGGAGUCGUCGUUAGCGCCAUUUUAGGCCAUGUUCAUGAAGAGCCUUGAAUUUACCGCCCUAUAUCCAUGUCAUCUUACACACUCGAAACAAUGAUGGCAGUGUGAUGAUAUCACAAUAAAAAUAUAUUAACAAACAAUCAUAAACAUAAAUGAGUAACAUAAUGUUUGUGUUUGAGAACAUAAUAUUAUUAUGAUAUUAGUUAUUUAUUAUUAACUACUUAUUUUGAGGUUUUAAUGUAAUUUUAUGAAAUAAUUAUGUCGUCACUGAAAUAUGCUAAAGCAAAGAUAAGUAAAUAGA